UUUAGCGGCUGGGUAAUCAAGUAGGAACAAAUGAACUAUCAAGAAGGCGGCCAUCUUCUCUAAAUUACCGGGUUUGUAUUAAAACUACAGACUAAAAACUACUAGCUAUUUUGAUAUUUUCCUCUAAUUUUAAAACCUAAAAACCAACCAAGAUGCCCGACAAGUGUAAGGAAACCGAAGAUAAUAUUCAGUGGGCUAAAUUAGCCGAGCAGGCGGAGAGAUAUGAUGAUAUGGCAACGGCCAUGAAAAAGGUUACGAAAAGCGAAAAAGAACUGUCCUCGGAAAGGAGAAAUUUACUUUCAGUAGCUUAUAAAAAUGUUGUUGGAGCCCGAAGAUCGUCUUGGAGAGUGAUAUGCAUGAUUGAAAAUAAAGCCGAGACGCCGAAAAGGAAAGAAAUCGCCAAGAAAUUCCGACAGAAUGUUGAAGAUGAGCUGAAUAAAACCUGUAGAGAAGUACUAGAACUGUUAGACCAAGAUUUAUUGCCCAACGUUGAAGCCGACGAUGCUAAAGUUUUUUACUUGAAAAUGAAGGGAGAUUACUUUAGGUAUAUUGCUGAAUUUGCUGAAGCAGAUGCCCGAAAAGCUGCCAUAGAUAAUGCCCAGUCUGCCUAUCUUGAGGCGUAUGAUCUUGCGAAGGACAAGAUGCAACCAACACAUCCAAAUCGUCUCGGUCUUGCACUAAAUUUCUCUGUAUUUUACUACGAAAUCCUAAAUUCACCAGAUAAGGCAUGUUGCUUAGCCAAGGAAGCAUUUGACGCUGCGAUAGCUGAACUUGACGGUCUAAGUAAAGAGGAUUAUAAGGACAGUACAUUAAUAAUGCAGCUUCUCCGUGAUAAUCUAACGCUCUGGACCUCCGAUGUCUCGGGAGAAAACGAGGAACAAGAUUAGAGAUUCAUCAUUUAGAAAGAACUAUUUAAUGCUUUUGACCUUAUGAUUACCAUGCAGAAUGUAAUAUGCCUAUACGUUGAUCUAACUUGUACGAUCUACAUAGAUGCGGUGCAGACACAGACCUUGUGUCUGGCUUGGCGAGUAUCAGUGACGUAAACGAUAUAUUACUAUUAAUAAUCUGAAAUGGUUACUUUGUGACAUUAAAUGUGUUCCUAGCCAGCAAACUGACAUUAAUUACUCAACUGCCUAGCCCUUUAUUUAAAAGCUAUGUAUGGUGAUUUUAUCCUGACACUAUUUAGAUUGUGACCAAAUGUAUGGAUAUUCAAUUACCGUAAUAAUAAAUAUUCAACUUUGAUAUUAUGUUCAUUUAGUCAUUUCUUAAUCUUGAAAUAUUAUCAAUUUAUAAUCGUGUAUUAUCAGUGAAAUACAACACAAUUGUCUUUCUUUUUAUUCAGUUGUUUGUCUCUCUUUGUCUCUAAAGAGUUGAAUAAAAAACCAGGCAGGAUCUUUUGAUGUCUAUAUAUAGAUUAAGAUAUAUAUAUAACUUCACGAGUUUGCCAUUUUUGUUUUGUGAUGAAUGGCUUAAAGUCCACGAUUGUUCCACGUGAAACUACUGUCUUUGACACAUGCAUUACAAACAUUAUUUCACAUGCGAUCUUCAACAUUAAAGCAGAUCAGGCAAUCUUUUUCUAAGUUUGAAAUAAAUUUAGAUAUUUCCUCUCCAUUAAGCUUAAUAAGAUUUAAACGCAAUAUUUAUCAUACUAAGUAAAACCAAAUCCUUAUGAAAAAUCCUUCUGAAAUGGACGCCACUAGUCACCAGAGGUAACUGUUUUCGUUGAUACCAUUUUAGCAGAACUUUUAUGAUGGAAAGGAUAGUAAGUGGAUAUAAUUUCAAUUUUUGAUACAGAUUGUCUGAUUUCUAGUUUUAAGAGAGCUAGUAGUUGUGUUUUGUAAUCCAUGUGGCCAAGCCAGUAGUGCCGUACAUAAUUUAUGCCCUUGUAAAAUGUCCUGUUAAUUAUUGAAUUGUUGGCUUAACUGUCAUGUUACUUGUUGCUUCAGUGAUUGUAGGCCUUCCAUCUCUGCGUUAAAAUUGCUAAAACUAAAUCUGAAAUUCAAAUUGUAAAUUAUCAAUUCAUGUAAUACAGUUUUUUUGUGGAGUAUCAUUAAAUUAAGAAAUGAAAAUCCAGUUUGUAAAAUAUCAAGUCACCAUUUUGUACACUUUAGAAGUGAGUUGGAUAUAAAACAUUGUAAUUAUAGUUUAUUUUGUUUUUUUAGUUUAUUAUUUUUAUUUCAUUUGCCUGAGUGUGAGGGUUCAGAUUUUUUCGAAAUAUUUUGAAUUUAAGAUGGGGGAAAAGUGUUAAUUUAAAUUGAAUCUGGUAUUUUAAUGCCAAGCUAGAAUGUAGAACGGGGAAGAAUUAAAUGUUGUUUUAAUUUAAUGCAUCAGAGCUUUUUGUUUGCAUUAACUGCUGAUUUUUUUUGAUUUUUUUUUUUUUAUUAUGCACUUGGUAUUUUUGAUCUCCAUAUUUAAAACAUUUCCUACGAACCCAUUCUAUACUAGACUAUAGUAAUAAUAAUAAUACCUUGCUUAGUAAUUCAGGGAAUUACAUGCAAUUCUACUUCAAACAGUUUUAACAAAAUAUAGAAAUUCUUCGAGUAUGACGUAUAUUCAAACACCUUUGAAAAUGUUUUCGAUAAUCAGAACAAAUUUCUGAAAUAAUUAGUUGAUAGAAAUUCUUCGAGUAUGACGUAUAUUCAAACACCUUUGAAAAUGUUUUCGAUAAUCAGAACAAAUUUCUGAAAUAAUUAGUUGAUAAUAUUUUCGAUAAUAAGAACAAAUUUCUAUAAUGAUUAGUUGCAAUUAUAGGCCAUGCCUUGAAAAAAUUGAUCAAUGGUUUAAAAAUGAUCAAACUUCACUAGUCAAAUAUUGACUCGGUUAGUUGCACAAAUGGCAAGUGUAAUAAUCUGAGUGUUUUUUUCUCCAAAUAAAUUUGAUAACCUAGUUAAUCUUUUUCUUUUAAUUAUCAGAAAAGGUAAUCAAAGGAUGCUGGCAUUAGAACAAAACAGUACCUCAUAUGUCAGAUCUUAAGUGUUAUUAAAAUACAGAUGUGACAUCAUCCUUUGAUGUUGGCGUACCAUUGUUUCAAAUAGUGGUACAAGCAAUGUGCUAGGCGCUCAUUAUUUAUACUAGUUGAAAUAUUGGACACAUGUUUCGCACUUGACUAUUUAAUUACACUUAAAAUACAGAUGUGACAUCAUCCUUUGAUGAUUGGGUCAUCCUUUGAUGUUUGGGUAUAAUUAUUUCAAAGAAUAAUUUGGGCAUUGUGCCAAUAGUCUUAUUAUUUAUACUAGAUGAAUUAUUGGACGUGCGGGAUGAUUUCAUUAAAAUGCACAUGCGAGAUAGUAUCUGUAUUUUAAGUUGUUAAAUGAUCUUUGAGCAUGACAUUGACCUUUAGACCACACAUAAUGCCUGUAUGUUUUCCAGAAUUUUGUUAAAUUUUUAAUACUUAGCCUUGUACUGUUUGAAACUUGGUUUUAUAAUAUUUUUGAAGGGUAUUCGAUCGAGCACUAGUAUGUAAUUUUAGUUGAAUCUCAACCAGAAGAACUGUAGAUGACUUCAUUUGUUGUUUUGAUAAACAUUUGUACUAGCUACUUUAAUUAUGUGAAUUUUUAAAAUUACUAUUAUAUUUGAUCAUUAUUAUUGGCUUAUAUUUAAAUGUUCCUUAUUACAUCACACAUUGUCACCUCUUCUGCCCACUACUACUGCAUUAGUCGUCCUGGGUACAAUUGUGCCGUGAUUGUCGUAUUGAAAAGCAUGACGGGUAUUGGUUAGUCUGUAUUCUUUAAGGAUGGUGCUACGACAAUCAUAGCUAAGUCUGUACCAAGGGUAUCAACUCUUCUGACCACAACUGUGUUGGGACGUCCUUGUUAAGGAUUGUGCUGUAAUUGUCGUAUUGACAAGCACAAUGUACUACAAGUAAUGGGUAUUGGUUAGUCUCUAUUCUAUAGGGAUGGUAGUAUGACAAUCAUAGCUAAGUCUAUACCAAGGCUGGGUGACUAACUUAGUUGUGGACUGGACCAAGGAGAAAGAUUAAUCUAGUCCAAUUUAUUAUUAAAACCACGUUCAUCCAUUGAAUUUUCUUGGAACUCUGUAAGCUCCACCUACGUAAAAGUAAGCCUGCACAUUCGUUCUGAUUAAAUAGGCCCUGAAUUGGAAACAAAGCACCCUAGAGGUCACUACAAUGAAUACAAUAUGGAUUAUUGAAUAUUAUUGUUGAUACAUGUACAAAACAGGAGUGUAGCAAUGGUUAAUGAGUACGAGUAUUACUCAUAACUUUGCUAACCAUAUAUGGUGACUAUGGUUGUUAUGACUACAACUGGUAAUGGUUUAGUUUAUUCAAUUUCCUUUACCUGUAUCAUACCACGGUGACUCUGAUAAGUUUGUUUUUCAAAGUUAGAUUGCCAAGCUUAUUGUAUAGAGGCCUUGUUGAGGAAAACUGUUAGUAUUUAUAUAGCCCGAAGUGGUAUUCAGAAAAAUUUAAAUUGAAAUAUUUUUUGCGUUUUUGGAGGAAUUAGUAGUACAAAUUUUAACAAAAGAAAAGAAACAAUCUUGAAAAUAUUUGAGUCUAAAUUUUUUUAAAUCAAGUCGAAAGGUUAUACAACAUAAGAAAACUAAACCUAAUACUUACUAAUUAAAAAUAAAAUAAUUCUGAUGGAGAAAUAGAAUUUCUGUUUAAUUAGGAAGUUGUGAUUUUUAACAUGUUAUUAUGUAGAAAAUUUUUAAAUAAUAUUUAUAUAAAUAUCUCAAUGUACAUUCUGUUUUUAUUAUGGUCAAUUUUAAGGACAAUUAUAUUUGGACAUCGUCGCCCUUCUUUUUUCCUUGAUUUUGGGAGAUUUAACCGGUGGACAGCCUCACUGCAGAUUCAAAAGGUUGUAUCCGAGUUUUGAUCAAAUUGUUGAGUGCCAAAACACGAAUUACGUUAAGAAUCACGAUAUUGUAUAGAAACGUCACAUUGAAAUAGCGUACAAAAGAUCUUGUGUUUCUUAAGACGUGCAGGGAAAUUCUGAUUUUGAAAAAUAGAAAAAAAAAAGAAGUGAAUUUCGUAGACCUUUUUGACUCUCAAUCCACGAUCUAUAAUUAAAACAUAGAAAUAAGGAAACUAAGAAAUUGGCCUCUGAAUGUUUUUGCUAUGUGUUUUCUUACUAAACACAAAGAUCUGAGACUUGGAGGUGUGUUUUUAAUAAUUAGAAAAAAGAAAAACCAACCAAAUGACCCAAACUCAGAUUUUUUUCAUCUUUUCUCACUAAGACUUGAUUUUGAAAAAAAAUAUUUUAAAAAAGUAUCUUUCCCUAGAUUUGCAAUCUUUUCUCAGAUUUAAAAAUAAUUUUUAGUGAGAAAUUCACGACAAUGAGAGCUAUCUCAUUCUUUUUUUGCUAUUUUUUACAUAUUAAAUAUUAUGUUUAAAUUUAUUAUCACAAUUUUAUAAAUUUUAGUUAUGUUUUACAUGUACUCACUUAGCUGUUUAAGGAACUCCAUUUUCAUAUUGGCGAACUCCGACUAAUUUUCAUUACAACGUAUCUCAAGAAGCACAUGCAUGAUAUUUUUAAGGAUCUGUAAUUGACCUUGUUGAAUUCCCCCUAGUGAUUAUUAAUAUUAUUGAUUAUAGGAUAGUUAAUAUUAGGUAAAUGCUUGUGAUUAUCUCCCCUUGGCUAGUAGUAACUAGAUUUACAUGUACAAUUCUCUCUGUAUGCUUUAUUGUUACUUGGCUAAAUUAGUUCAAAUGCAAGAGUGUCCAUUAACUGUCUUAUGAUAAUAAAAUAUUAAAUUAAAUAUAGGUACCUUAAA